AUGUCAUUAUUCUGCUUCUUCGUCUGUGUCCACUAUAAUGAAAACAUCCACGCGGUUGUCGGCGUCGUCGAAUUCCUCCGACGACGUUCUGUGAGAGUACCUAUGUUAGCACUAGUGGAGCGUCGACGACGACGUCAUUUCCCAGAGCCACGUAAUGGUGCUCAUCAGUACAUGCAAAACUUGCGCGGGGCUCACACUAAUACACUCUUCAUUGCAUAUACAGUCAACCAUGGUACUGUGGAUCCAAACACUCCCGGUGUGUACAACAAUCCUAGUACUGCUGUGUUCACUUUCAACGGAACUACAAGACCUGAGCAUUUUAUCGACUACUUCCACUUUCAAAAGGCUUCAAUUCAACACAUUGACCCACAAGUGAUUCAGCGGGUAACACAGUGGAUUCUGGAAGAUUUCAGAUCAGAACGAGAGAUCCUUCCGGAUUAUAUUAUCGUAUUGCGUGAUCAAGUUCACGAUUACUUGCAACCAACGGUAGAGCGUGAGGAAUUCGAAGCAUUCAAGGAAGCUAUUUCAAAAUACGCCGAAGAAAUUCGAGGAGAUCAUAAUUGGGUGCCCAGGUUGGCGUUUGGAUUAGCUCCAUGGAGACCUGAAAACUCGGAGCCACUGGUUUACUUGUUUCAGAAUGACGAUCAUAUUUUUGAAACAAACGAAGAGUUUCAGCAUUUGAUUGUCAGCAUGUUCAUCACGAUUCGAAUUCAAAACUUCCGAUUCCCAGUCCUAGAGCCGUUUUGGGCAGCUGAACAUACGGCCAAUCUAUGGACUAAAUUGUUCCCAUCAUAUGCUACCUUCACUGCUGCUCAAAACCGACCACUUCCUCGUGUCGGAAACACCGAGCAGUACGAUUUCGACGCAAUUUCCCUACAAUUCCACCUUGAUCCCAAUUGA